AUGGCACAUGUCCAACUUCACAACCCUCGUACCACGACGUUGCCCCAGCUGGGCCACCACAUCAACAACUCCCGAGAUCAGUUUGCCAACUCAGUCGCACCCUACAGACGGGCGUCAGAUCACCAGUUUACGCGGUCUCCCUCGUUCCACGGGUCCAGGAGACAACAGCACCAGCACCAGCAACAGCACCAGCACCAUCAUCAGCACCAGCAGCACCAGCACCAGCACCAGCACCAGCAUUUGACCGGGCCACCGAACCCCCUGGCGGGCUACACGCCUCCCGUCACAAGGAUGGAUUCUCAUCAGUACAACACCACCCACAGGCCCGGGCAGAACGACGUGCCGCCGCUGCUGCCCAUGGAGAUGAUGGGCACGCUGCAGUACAUGGACCCCAACCUGACCACCAUCAAGCCAGACAUCUCGGGCAAUAUCGACAAGGGACCGUUCCUCUCGUCGGACCGGGAAUGGACGUGCUACAGGCGCAACUACCUGGCCUGCAACUGCUCCUUCAGCCUCAGUCCCAGCUAUCCUGGGGCAGGCAUCCAGUUCACGCCCAGCCCCAUGGCCGGGACGAGCACGACGCAAACGUUCCAGGUCUACGGCUUCGCCAUGUGCAUCUCUGCCGUCGUGGCCGACAACGAGCAGCACGCCAUCGAGCUCGUCCAGCACACGCCCAAGCGCGACAAGGGCCCCAUCUCCAAGCCGUCCAAGACGCCCAUCGCGCCCAAGACGAGCGCGACGCCGCACGGCGCCUCGCUUGGCAUCUACGGGGAUGGCUCGGGCCUCUCCAGCUCGCGAGGCCUCUACUCUACCGAGGGAUUCGGCGGCCAGGUCGGCGUCGGCGUCGGCGUCGGCGUCGCCCAGCAGGUGCCGACCGAGCACACCUUUGAGCGCAUCCAGUUCAAGCAGGCAACCCAGAACAAUGGCAAGCGGCGGGCCGCGCAGCAGUACUAUCACCUCGUCGUCGAGCUGUGGGCAGACGUCGGCGCCCAGGCCACGGACCAGUUUGUCAAGGUGGCCCUGCGCAAGUCGGCCAAGAUGAUUGUCCGCGGCCGCUCCCCCGGCCACUAUCAGAACGAGCGACGCAACAGCCAGGGGAACGGCACAGGCGGUGCCGCCGGCAGCGGCGGAUACCGAGCUCACAUGGGCCACAUGGGCGACUUUGGAAACGGCUCUGGCAUGGCGGGCGCUGGGCUCGGCGCCUACAGCUCGGGCUACGACGGUCGUGGCAUCAGCUACACCAACGUCAGGCACCAAGAGAUGUCUCCCGAGAGCAUCUUCUCCUCGGGCGACGACAAGCCCUCCUCUGGCAAGGCGGCGGCCUACCACCAGUACUACAACGCUACCUGUCCCGGAGCCGGCACCGCGGGAGGGGUGGGAGGAGGAGCAGGAGGAGGAGGAGCAGGAGGAGCAACGGGAACAGGAACAGGAACAGGAGCAGGAGCAGCAGCAGGAGGAGGGGGAGGAGUCACGGCAGCAGCAGCAGCUACAGGAGCUGGCGGGGGAGCAGGAGGAGCGGCAGCAGCAGCGACAACAGCAGCCGGGGGAGCAGCGUCCUCGUCGUCGUACGACAGUCACGGCGACCGCGUCGACCUGUUUGGCCACAGGAACGGCGCAGACGCGCUGCACUCAGCCGUCGCCCACGAACGCAAAGUCAAGCCCGAGUUCGACUUUAACAUGCUGCCCAGCCCUUUCGGCGGCGGGCAACGUACCGACGACCACCAUCGAGAGCGUUUUGAUGGCCGGCCCAGCCCGGGUGGCUUUUACCCGUCCAUCGUGCCGCCGACCGGGCUGGGAGCUCUUUGA